AUGCGUGAAAAUACCCCGCCACGAUCGCCAAUGGAUGAACAUUUGCUGGAGCAUGAGGAUGAGGAAGAAGUGAUUUUACUUGGUGACGCUGAUGAAGUGCUCGACGCUUGGGAGGCAGAAUCAAAUCUUGACGAAGACGACGAAGAAGAAGCGAAAGAGGGUGACGAAGGUGCGGUUUCCUUCAGAACGUGCGAUCGGGAUGAUGCGAAGCUAACAUUCACAAAGCAUACCGCCACCGUGUUCUGUGGAGCACUUCAUCCAACGGAAGAUCUGGCGGUAACUGGCGGCGAGGACGAUAAGGCGUACGUGUGGAACAUUCGCACCGGCGAGGUACAAUUCGAGGUGACGAAUCAUACCGAUUCAGUGGUGGCUGUCGGAUUUAGCUACGACGGUGUGUUUGUCGCCUCCGCCGACAUAGCCGGUUACAUUCAGGUGUUUAAAGUGCAGCAAAACUAUCGCAAAGUAUGGGAAUUCAAUGUGGGCGACUUGUGCUGGAUGCGAUGGCACAACGCCGCACAUGUGCUGCUGGCGGGAUGUGAUUCGGGUGAGGUGUACGUCUGGCGUAUACCGUCUGGUGAUUGUAAAGUACUGCCGGGGCAGGAUCACAAAACGGAAGCGGCAGAACUGACACAUGAUGGAAAAAAGCUUGCAGUUGGGUAUGGCAAUGGACACUUUAAGCUGUGGGAUUUGAAAUCGGGCACAACAGUCAUGGAAGUGGAUGCUACCGUUGGACACAAGGCGAACAUAAUUACGCUAUCAAUCGAUCAGGAAAAUCAACUGUUUGUAACCGGAGCGGAAGAUGGUAGUUCGUACGUUAUGGGAACGAACGGUGUGCUGGGAAUGCUAACAGGACCGAACGAUGCACUGCUGGAGGCAGUGCUGGUUGAUUAUCCUGGAUUUGAAAUCAAAGUCGCUGCAACCGGUACGCUACAGGGCAAGGUUACGAUCUGGGACGUGGCAAGACAGACAAAACGGGUCGAGUGUGUGGAUGAAGAACCUACCGGUAUUACAAGGAUGGUCUGGUUAAAAGAUCAUGCAAUAUGCGCUGGUACGCUUGGCGGUUUGAUCAAGGCCUGGGAUUUCCGGAGCGGUGCGAAACGAUUCACUCUCGACGGCCAUACGAACGACAUCCAGGAUGUUGUGUACGAUAGGGUGCGAAACAUUAUCCUCUCCACAUCGGAAGAUUUUACGGCAAAGAUAUUCGAAGUGCCUGCAAGUCAAUAG